AUGGUAGCGGAAACGAUUGCCGAGGAGGCGCCUAAGGAGUCCCACCUCUGGUAAUUUUUAGUGCAGUGUCGAUAUUUAGUAGGUCAACAAUUUUGAAAGAGGUUUCCACCAUGGGAUUACGGAAAUUGCCACAAAAGAAGGGGUUGCUAUUUCUGGGUGAUAAUGGCACUGGCAAGUCAACGCUGUAUUGCCGUCUAAAUGGAAAAGCGCCAUCUAAAAAUGGUGCAGGUUUGCAGUACCACUUUAUUGAUGUCAAGGAUGAGGCUCGUGAUGGUUUGCUUCCAUUGAAUAAUUGUUGGCUUAGAUCAAACCAAGUUGAGCGUAUGGAUUCUUGGUGGUGAGGUUGUCUUUACGCCCCUCCUGAGGUAUGUGCUCACGAGGGAAAGCUUCUCGGACCUACUCGCUGUCAUUGUUGUCAGCAUGGAGGAACCGUGGAACAUUAUGGAGCAGCUGGAAAAGUGGGUGGAUAUUCUCGCAGAGUACAUCAAACAUCUGGAACUGCCCGUGGAGGAACUCACCGCACACAAAGAGAGAGGUGCGCCGUCUUAAAUUCCUUUUGCGAUUUAAUUGAUAUAAAACGCUGCAAUUGCCUCCGUUUGCAUCUUGUCUUAGGGUUUCGUUUAGUUACAGCACUGUUUUGAUGCAAACUCACUUUAUUCUUUAAGUCGUCCAGCAAUUCCGUGCUUACAUCGAGCCGGAUACUCUUCUCCUGCAUCCCGCCCAUACAAAAACGGAACUGAGUCCGGCAAAAACUCCCUUAGCUCCAUCGAGUCUUCGUCCAUCGGCCCCUCUACACCCUGCUACUGCUGCGCUCCUUAAUUUGACCGCCUCGCAGCCAGCUACUGAGCCAAAGCCAGUUGAACAGGUGGCCAAUGCUGAUGAACCGACUUUUGUCCCGAAAGUACCUGCCAAUGAAGAAUUACCGAUCACUGCCGGCGCCCUAAUAAACAAUCUGGGAAUCCCUCUUGUGGUGGUUGUGACUAAGGUAGUCCUAUUUUCCAGUUUUUGGACGGUUUACGAUUUGCGCCUAAGUGCAUGAUACUCCGAAGCCAAUUUUUCACUCGGAGUAAUUAUGCUAAGAGUCCCGAACAUUAGAAUUUUUAUAUCCAAGUAAAUACUCCUGUCCGUCUUCUCAGCUGACCAUUUUUAAGCCGGAAAACCGAAAAUCUGAAAGUUCAGGUCCGUUAGUUCGAGUAGAGUACGAACGGCGACGGGUAUAUUGUUGGAGGUUUUCUUACAAAGAACCUCCAAAAAUCCCCCUCAACCACCUUUCCUUGUUAUCCCAACUGUCGACGUUUCCUUUUAUUUGGUGGUCUGCUUUCAGUCAUAUAACGCCCCAGUCCUACGGGUAUGUUCUUCCUCAAUAGAUUCCAUGCGCACCUGCGGGUAGCAUAUAAUGAAAUGCCAUUACCUAGGUGCGAAACUAGUGAGAUGACGGCCGCAAAAUACUGGACGACUGUUAGCUGUGUUUACUUGUCUAUGCUGGUAAUUACAGACCUCUGAGAUAUUUAACUUUGCUCGCGAUGGAUACCUCUGUGCGUAUUUGAGUCAGUUUUUGUAUCUUACGGUUAUCUUUACCGACUGAAGAUAGUGAAAUGCAUUUAUGCUUUAAAAUUGAUUAUGUGGUUCCCCAGCUGGAAGACAGUGCCUCUUUGCUAACUUUGCUGUUAACUGACCGACGAGUCCGUUGAUGGUCUGUGGUGGGACGGCCACCGACCAAAGCUGAGAAAUCAGCAAGUUGACGACAGGGUAGUAGCGACUUAACCGUGCCAGCAGCUUAUAAGUGAUUGAAGUUUGGCACGCUGAUAUUCUUAGCAACUGCCUCACUGUCCGGCAUUAGUGCUGCGGGGCUGCCUAAAGUUCCAGCAAAUGAAAGUCGUGGACGAGACAAACAUAGACAAGUGAAUGAAACCUAUGUUGGGAAUCCGUUUCUGCGAAGCGCCGGAGUCAUCCUUGAAUUGUUCGCAAAUGACAGAAUGCUGCGUGCUUCGACGUCCAAGAGCACUAGCGUGCUCCACAAUCUCUGCAUGGUUACACAAUAAUAGAAGUCCAAGUGGACUACAACAUGAACGGAUCCCUAAUAUCAAACUUUAGAGUGCACUAACGUCUCUUGGCCUUAGUGUUCAUAUCCCAACGUUGUGGGUUCUGCAUUACAAUCAGGCCAUGCACUGUUUGCCUAAGAGCCAGCAUCAAACACCUGAUAACUUGGAAUCUCUGAAGUUUCUUUUCAUUUCUUUCCUGACUAUGACUGUUUCUGCGACUCCUAGCAAAGGCUAUGCGGCGUCCACAGCUAUAAUUCUCAGUUGACAGUUUUCCUCUGCACCAUCUACUUACACCUGCCACUGACUUACUUGCUCCUUUUACUUCCUAGAGACAGUCGAGAAUGAUCAUUUCGAUCUUAGUGCUUAAUGCGGUGUUAGUGGAUGGUUUUAUUUUUUGCCGCUGUCACAUGUUUAGCAUCGCCGGAAUUGUAAACCGGUCUGGUAUUUCAAAUAAACCUUAGACCUGUGUGGCUACCUAGUAAUCCCAAGGUUCCUCAUCUUGACGUACGAUGGCCGAUUAGUCUAUACUGCCGAAAAUAAACACUACUUUGGGCUACAGCGCAUUGGCUUCUGUAUACAUCUAGGAGUCCAUCUUUUAGCCGCAUCCAAAAGGUCUAGUGUCAGAGCUCCUGGUAUUUUGAAGUCACGACCAUCCAAUAUGAGGGGAUCCCGAGUUUGGAAUUCUGGUUUCAUUUUGUUGUCCUAACGGAAGUCAAAGGCAACAUCUAUUAGUCGUUCAAAUCCAUACGUCUCUAGACAGUUGAAGUGGUUUUUUAUGCUAUGUGCUGAGGCCACUUAUUGCACUCCGUCUCGUGAACCUCACAUCCCAACGUAGAUCUUACAGUCUUGACUCCUUUCCUCAGCUUUGUAUAAUCAUGAUAAGUUCGGCUAAAGAAGGUCAGAUUGGCUGUUGGCCUAAAGCAACAUAGACCUGAAGCGUCGGCAGAACUGAAAACUACUAAAUCAUUCGCGGAAUCAGCUACUCAUCUGCAUAGACAGACUGUUCACAAUCCGAAUGGCAACGCUAUUUUCAUGAGUUGCGUGACCAAUGGGAACGUUUUGUCAAACCUUAUUAGGUAUUAAUUAUAUGGAAUGGCUCCAGCGUAUCACUGGGGUUGCGCAACAGUAAUGCGUUCGGAGAUGACAUUCCUGUUGCAUUUCGUAAGUCAGUCAUCGAAACUGACACACUGAUUUGACAAACCAGCUCGUGAAAGGUAGUUCUACACGUGCACUGGGACUCCACUAUCUUUGUGCUAGCCCCAGAAAGUGAUGAGAAGAGAUACGCUAGUUACUAUGGCACAAGUUUCACUGAAAUUGGCCGAGUGCUUUUCGUUAUCGUCAGUCUAAUGUGGUCCCGUUUUGUGUGUGCGCGUGUGUGGUUUGUGGACGAUGCUAGACGGGUCACGAAUCCUCAGUGACUGCCAGUGGCCGACGGCCAUUUACAUUCUUAACUUCCUUGCGAUUCCCAGCUCUCAUUGCUGAUCUAUGCAGUGUGUAAAGCCGAUAAGGGCUUUAUUAGUGUAAGCUAUUUUUGUUAAAAAGCACACAUGUAUACAAAACCUUCGACUUACUACGUUCCAGACCAUUCCCUUCUUUACAACGAGUAUCUAUCUGCUAGCGGGGUAGGUGCAAAGUAUCCGUGUACAGCUCUUUUAAUCAAGCUAGAAUUUUUGUGUCACCGGUUGAAACGUCCAAAGUUUCUGGUGUAUUGUUCCGUAUUGCAAAGAGUGCUAACAUUUGAUGUUUUUAUCUCAUACUUGUAAAGGGUCACUACCCGGACUUGGAAGUCGUCCUAGAAGUUGGGCCGAUCUGUCACACUACCACGAAAAACACUCCAACACCUGACAGCCACGGCGUCGCGGUAGCAUUUAAGCAGACUUUAAGCUGACUUCACGGUCGUCAGGUUGAGAAUAACUCCGAUUGCUUAUUAUAGCUUUGACUUCUUUGCCGUGUACGUAACCUCUUUGGCUGCUAUAGAUAAAGCCCACAUUUUUCGCUUCAUCAUUACCUUCCCGAAAAGUAGAGAUCUGAUCCCUCUCGGUUGGAGACGUGCAUGUACCCACAGUCUCCGAACAUCAAUGCAUGACAAUUGGUGCUCGAUUUCACUGGAAUGUUCACGUUUUAUAAUAGGGGAUCUUCCUAAAGAUGACUCCGUGGAGCGCAGCUUACACAAGCAGUUGGCGGAACGAGUAGCAAUUGAUUCUGGCUGUUCCGAACUAUAGACUGCAAGAUUAAAUGAGUGAUUGCUACUCAUUGAUUGAUUCAUUGGCUAUAGGAGUUUCUCGUUUGUGUAGUUGGGAUAAUAACCAGGUUUUAUCUGUAUUGCGUAUGUAAAUGUCGCCAAGGCCAGCACAAACCGGCGUAAACUGUCUGUCUGUCACACUGAUGUCUUAUGAUCGGUUAAUGAUUUGUAGACAGACGUGAUGGAGACGCUGGAGAAGGACCAUGGAUUCUCCGAGGAACAGUUUGACCUUAUCCAAAUGCAUAUCCGUCGUUUCUGCCUUUCCUGUGAGUCGAUGCUCUGUUUCUUCUCCAGUUUUGUACUUAUCUAGCCAGAAAAUUAGGGGAGUGGUAGGUCUCAGGUAUGCUCAUGAGUGUCCGUCAUAUUUCUGUACUAUAAAUCACUUUAGUCCCCGUACUGCACGAUCACUAGUUAAUGUUAUUCGUAGCAGCUACGUUCUGAUGUCAUGCGAGAGGUAAAGCGACAUCUAUGCAUGAAUGGAAACGGAUGUUCGAAUCCCGGGUGUCUGUAUGAGUAAGGAAAAAGAAGACUGGUUGAGUACCGGGCCAAGUUGUUUAUUAUUCUGAGCCUUUGAACCCGCGCUGGAGUCCGUCAUCAGAGAUAGUAGCGACAGCAAAACAAGUGACAAUUAUAGAGGGUAGUACCCAAUCAGCGGUUAGUGACGCAGAUGUGGAGGUGACUGCGUAGGGCUCUGUGUGCGGCGCCAGAUUGAUACAUCGAUUGACUGAGUUCUCAUCCGAGGCCCAGGCUUCAAUCCUCGGCCUGUCUUGCUUUUGGCAUGGGCGAAUAUCUUGGCGGCUGCGAAGUUGAACCCAUGACACGUUUCGAAUGUAUGGGCAGCCACAGAUAAUUCGUCGCCCCGUUACAUAGCCAGCUUAUGCUCAUCUGUGUGCUAUCCUAGCACGCCCUCAGUCUGACCUGUGUACUUGCAAGGAUAAUUUGGGCACGCCAUGCUGCUCCUUGGCACUUAGUUGGUCCUUAAUUUUCAUGAUUCUGCUGCGCAUAGUAGCUCUGGAUCGGUAAGCAAUCCUAACAUCUAGUUCCAAAGUAAUGCGCCUAGUCGCUUUUGUUACGUCCUCGGUCUACGGCAGCGCAUGCCAUAUCCCUGCUGGUAAUUCUGUUUGGGUCCGCCGGGGACGAAAACGUAAGCGUCGGCGUAUCAGCGCCUUCGGAUAGCCAUUUCGCGUAAAUUAGUCGCGGAAAUACCGGGCCUCGUGUUCUUUUUCCUCUUGGUCGCUGCCAUGCGUUUAAAUCCGUUUGAAGAGCGUUAUCACACAGCUUAUUUUGUUGGCCACCGGAUGGUUGCUAUGAAAACUGAGAAGCUGUGUGGUGUUCGUUGCCUUCCUGUAUACGGUCGUUUCAAGUUCGUCGUUUGAACUUCACCAAACAGGCACACCAAGAGUAACUGCUGCUCCUGGUCUUCCCUCGUUACUUGUAUGCUAGGGAAGACUGCAUUGAGCAGAUUGUGGAAAUCCUGCCGCAUGUUCUUCCUGGCUGCAACAAACGUGUGGUUAACGUAAGGGUGCCAAAAGACCGGCUUAUGAUGCAUGAAGGCAGCCUUUUCUAGCUUCUUUAGGACUAGUUCUGCCACUAAAGCGGAGAUCAGGGAGCCUAUUGGAGUUCCCCUGAUUUGCUCAUUGGUUUAUCCAGCAAGAGUGGAGUGAUUUUUUGCGAACAUUUGAACAGUCUCAUAAGGUGCUCAAUUUUGAGUAGAUUUUGAAUCUUGUCGUAGGGCCAAUACCCCCUAGCAUUUUCGUCUGUUCUGUUGCUGAUACUGUCUCUGACGAUGGGGUCCUGCACGAGUUUGAAAGUUCGGUUCACGACCGACCUUCCUUAUUUGUAUGUUUGAAAAUUGAGGUAAAAUGCAUUCCGAGAUGGUAUAGUGAAAACAAGAAAGCUGUUCGUGAAAGUUGAGUUGCACUCGUACGUGACACUAACCCGUCGUCAGAUAAGGCGAAUGAGGAAAUAUGUAUAUGAUUAUUACACAGGAACAUUUGGGGACACCAAGAAUAUAUCAGCAGAUAGGCGUCCGUGGGGGGUUAUUGUGCCUGGCGUUACGAUUGGUGCUGAGGGUGGGAUUAGAUGGGGAUUUUAAGUUAUGGUUCGCCGUAUUGCGGGAAGGGGGAGGGUAGCGAAUCAGUAAGAUUCUUGCUGGCAGUGUAAUCCCAUCACCAGUUGAUAGGAUUGGGCAACUGAUUGGUGUAGAAGGAGCGAGGCGGAGACUGGGGAGUCCAUCCCAAUGGCAAGUCAGCACAUUCCUUGAUUACCAUACGGAUCAAAACAGUGGUCAGAUUAAAGAGGCCACUCACGCGCACAGCUAGCUGCCGUUUGUUGAUACGGUUUCAAAGUUUUCGAACAUUAUAUUCAACACAAUUACAAGAUCACCUAACGGGUGGUACGCAGCAAAUGACGUUAGUUUGCCCCUCUUUAGGUUUCGGAUCCUUUGCACAUAUCGAGGACGCCAACUUUUGAGCAAUGCCAGAACGCAACAGAUGGUCCUUCCAUGUAAGGCAUGAAGGCAAAAUUCCACAGCACAUUUUCUCCAUGAGAACUGAAAUUUUCGGUUGGCUCUGAGGUUCGAAACCGUUUCAACAAGGGGAAGGUGUUGGGAUGUAGUGUGGACCGCGCUGUUUUACCGAUGAUUUUCGUUGUACACGUAUGACCGAAUAGGUCCAUGUGACGACGGAGUGUCCUAAAUCAGCGUGGGCAGGGGUACGGAAAUGCAGGGCGUAUUUUGGCGAUCCUGGCACUUGUUCGGCAGUCGCAGCGCAAUGGAUCGCAAGUGACCGACAAGAUAUGUGGUGUGAAGGCGGGGUCGCAGCGGGAACAGGUUGGAACUGAUUUCAAAUUGAUGUUGUCGAUGUUGGUGGUGGUGUUGGGGAAGAGUUAAUGGGCUUUCUUCCUCAGUGUUGCUGAUAAUGAAGACUGUUCCAGGGGUAAUGUGCUGGACAGGCUGUCGUGCCGGUGAAUCCGAAGAUGUCUGAGUCCCAUGCCUACUCCGAACGUCAUUUGUUAAUGCAGGCAUCACCAGAGGCAGAGUCAGAUAAUGGCGGUGGAUUGCCCAGAUGUUGCAGCAUUUACUGGAUGUAGUUACUACAUGCUUAUUACAACUGGCAGCUCCCGAGUGCAUCACGGCUCGACUGGCCAGGUGUUUAAGUAUGCAGUUGCCAUGCGGUUUCUAUGCGCCUGUGUGCCGGUUAAGAUUAUCGGCUUCCACGCCCAUUACUCGCACUCGAGCUGCUGACUGCUGGAUUUUGUCACCCACGUGGACUCUUUGGCAGUUUACCUCACCGAGAUUGACACCAGCGACAGUGGUUAUCCGCAGGCUCUCCUCGCGGCUAAUUACUCUGUCUACGCAGAGUCUCGUCGCCGAAUACGGAGAGGGGAGGUCGUUGCGCCUGCUGAUUGUUUGAGGACCGGAAAACAAUGACUCGAGCAGUUCGCGGCUCAUGCGGUUGUCGCCUGUAGCAAGAAUUUCUGCUUCGUCGAACUUGUGGUUGGGCCCUGUCGAAUGAGCCGCGACUUGGGAGCUGGCGUCGUUCCUCACUGCUGCUGCGUGGUCGAUCAUCCGCGUCCGGAGUAUUCCGGUUUUUUCCGACUAGUUGCUUUGCCCAAAACUGCACCAGACCCGGCACACGGCUCCAAAUGUUUACUGCCGUGGCAAUAGGUCUUUCGACCUCAUGAUCUGGCCUUCUGGUUGCCUUCGGUCUGGCACCCUUCACCUGCUCGUAGAUUGUUCCGUUGGACGUAAAGUAUGUCUUGAAAUAGAACUUCAGGAGCUGGAGGAGUUGGGUGUGUCCAAGGCGAUUCUCCGUUUCAUCGUACUUGUCUCGUAGGAGUAGUCCGAUAAUAUCGACUGCUAGGCCCCAUUUACGAUUCUCCAAGAAUUGUAUUGACAACCCGACUGUCGAAAUUCAAACCUCUGUACCUUUCUCACUUGUCAUUUGUGUUAUGCAACGACAGGCUGUAGUUGAGAAGCCGUCGCGAAAUUUUCUGGUACCAUUAAAUUCUGCUGUCCUUGCUUGCUUUAAAUUCAUUCCGGGGAACUAUUGCUUCAAUUUUGUAGUGUUUGAAUUUUACGGUCAGAAAUUUGAGUCACCGAAACAGCCAUUUUGCCAGUCCGUAAGUUGGAGUACAUUUGAGUGAGUCGAUGGGCCGGAGAGGGACAUCCUUUUUGUGCACCCUGGGAAGGUCGCCGAAGCGUCCAAGGCCGUAUCCUGGGCCCUUGCCCUGCGUCGGUCGACCAGUGGUAUUGCACUCCAGUUCUCCAAUGCCAACAGCGUCGCAUUAGUUUCUCGUCCGUGUCUUUUUUACGGGGUUGGUUGCGCAAGUGGCAUAGGACUUGCGGUCCUCCAGUAAACUUUGGGCCUUCCGAAGGUAGUCUAUCCUGUCAGAAAUAACCCUUACCUGACUCUGCCUCUGAUGAUAGAUUCGAGUGAAAAUCCGAAACGUCGGCGAGCACCCAUGGCGAAAUCUCCGUAGUAGGCGAGCGUCGUCCAUUCUCACCAGGUGGCCGCUACGUCGCAGUUUCAGUUGUCUCAGCAUGGCGUGGAUGCUGAGGAUUCCGGUCCGUUCCAGGACUUCCUUAUCCGAGAUCCAGUCCUGCCAUUUCAGCCUCAGUAUUCUGUGGAGGCAGCCGAGAUGGAAGUGGUUGAGCUUCCCGGUAUGGCUUGUGUAGACGGUCCAGGUUUCCGCCCCAUAAAUAAGUGUCGUCAAGAUGACGGCCGUGUACAUCUUUAGUUUGUUGUUCAGUUGAAGGCCGUGGCGAUUUCACACGGAGGCUUGCAGCCGGCCGAAGGCCUGGUUGGUUUUGGAGAGCUGACGGGAAAACCUCGUCGUCGAUUCUUAUGCUGCGCGAGUGUGCUUCCUAGAUAGGCGAAGUCGUCCAUGGUUUGGAGUUGGUUGCUUCCUACCGCUAUAAACAAACUCACGACUACGUUAGGAGUUGAGACGGUUAGUCUCGACGACAUUUUAUGAACUGUUAGUGAAUUGUUUGAUGACAGCUAACAAGCCGGAUACGGCCUUUCCAGUCCCUUUUUUCUUUGUCAAUGGUACUUUUCGAAACGUAACUGUUUCUCCCUCCACUUACCUUUUCAGAUGGGGCGGCACUUUUCUAUGUGUCAACUAAAGAGGAUCGUAAUUGUGAUCUCCUGAAUAGGUACCUUCAACAUCGCGUCUACGGAUUCCCUUUUACUCAAAGCGCCUAUGUGGUCGAAAAGGAUUGCAUUUUCGUGUAAGCCUAUAUGUUCAUCUCUCCUGCUCCCGUAUGCAUGAUCUUCCGAUCGGCGACUACCAGAUCAAGUCAGAUAAGCCUUCAUUCUCUUUAAUGAAACUGACGGCUAAAACAUUGAGAUUGUUGUCAGUUUAUACUGCAAAAACCUCUGAAACUCAGAAACGAGCCAGGCCAAGAAAAAACAUGUGCCAGGGGGGUGACAUCGAGCCGCCGAUCCACCGGUUUGGCAUUUGGCACCAGCUGACUCUCUGGAUUUUCCACAUUUCCGUUUUAAGAUUCAUCACUCGUCUCACAAACGGUUCCCGGUGGGUCCUAGAGGACGGAACAAGUAAGGCGAGUUCUGAGCUGGAGGUGGAUGAAUGCAUCGGCUGCGUGUUUCACAGCGACGAGUUUUCGGACUCCGUCAUGCCCGUCACACGUAACUAA